AAAGAUGUAGUGUAAUUAACUCAUUUCUCUCUCCGUUUCUGUAUCCACCACCCCCAGCCUCCACAAACGGAGCUUAGGCAGCGAUGAGGACGCAAGCACAGCGGCGCCGGAAUUCGAAGCGGGUUUGAGCGAAUUGGGUAACUAUCACAUAUUCUAUCUUUUCCUGAUAAGUGUGAGCACCAUCUGUCUCCUUCAAGCUAGCUUUCCAGCAUUUUCCUACACAAAACGGUUUUGUAGAUUAAUGGGCUUGUCUUAGAACUCCUAAAGUAGAAUGAUAUGCACUCAAAAUUUGUUUCAUACAACGUCAAAGAUAGUAGCCCUUGCAAGAUCUGGUCAAAUAACAUGUGCUCGCAAAAUUUUCAACGAAAUGCCUUUCAGAGACUCUAUUGCUUGGAAUGCAAUGCUUACUAGCUAUACGCAACUGGACUUUCAUAAUGAAUCUCUCUCACUUUUCCAGUGCAUGAGAAUCUCUGACACUAGGCCAGAUCACUUUACCCUCACUGCAACUUUAAGUGCGUGUGCCGGUGCAUACGAGCUUCAGUGUGGAACCCAAAUUCACGCGCUAGUUACUGUUUUGGGUUACCAGUCUUACUUGCCGGUUAAUAAUGCGCUUAUUGAUAUGUAUGGGAAGUGUUUGAAUCCCUUGAGCGCUAGGAAAGUUUUUGAAGAAAUGAAACGUAGGAAUGAGGUGUCUUGGUGUUCGUUUUUAUUUGCACAGACAAACUCUGCUCAGUUCGACGUUGCCCAUGAAGUGUUUUCUAUGAUGCCAAAAAGGGUUGAGAUAGCUUGGAAUAUUAUGAUUGCUGGUUAUGCACGAAAUGGAGAAGUGGAGUCUUGUUUGGCUUUGUUGAAAGAGAUGACAGAGAGUAUGUGUCAGCCAGAUCAAUGGACUUUCAGUGCUCUCAUGAAUGCUUGUGCUGAAGCAUUAGAAUUUUGGUGUGGUUGCAUGGUACAUGCUCUUGUCAUUAAAAGUGGUUGGAGCUCAGCUGCAGAGGUCAAGAACUCGGUUUUAAGUUUUUAUGCUGAAGUAGGCUGCCAUGAAAAUGCAAUAAGGAUUUUUGAAUCCAUUGGAACUCUAACACAAGUGUCCUGGAAUGCCAUGAUUGAUACCUACAUGAAAGUGGGGAAUACUCACGAAGCACUUCUUGUAUUUCAGCGGGCCCCUGAAAAGAAUAUUGUUUCCUGGACAUCUAUGAUCGCUGGAUUUGCAAAAAAUGGACCUGGAGAAGAAGCUGGUAGCUUCUUUGUGGAUAUGGUGAGAAGUGGAGUGCAACCAGAUGAAUUCACAUUUGGAGCUGUCCUUCAUGCAUGUUCAAGCUUGGCAGUACUUGGACAUGGUAAGAUGGUACAUGGUUGCAUACUUCGAUACGGCUUCCAUGCUUAUAUCUUUAUUGGGAAUGGCUUAGUUAACAUGUAUGCUAAAUGUGGGGAUUUAGAAGGGUCAGGCCGUAUAUUCUGUAAUAUUCCUGACAAGGAUCUAGUAUCUUGGAAUGCUAUGUUAUUUGCAUUUGGAUUGCAUGGGCAAGCUAUCCAAGCUGUACAGGUUUUUGAAGAGAUGGUGGAAAAUGGAGUAAAACCGGAUAAUGUGACCUUCAUUGGCCUGCUGAUGAGUUGCAGCCAUGCUGGGCUUAUAGAGGAAAGUCGUGUGCUUUUUGAAACAAUGAGAUCAGUUUAUGGCCUUUCCCCCGAAAUGGAUCAUGUGACAUGCAUGGUGGAUAUGCUUGGCAGAGGUGGUUACUUAGCAGAAGCAAAAGAACUGGUAGAUAAGUACUCGGAAGUAGGUGGUGGUGAGACCAGCUCAUGUGAAGCUCUGCUCGGGGCAUGUUCUGCACAGGGGGACAUAGGAUUUGGAAGAAGUUUGGGCGAAAGUCUGAAGAUACUAGAGCCGCAUAAAGAGGCGAGUUAUGUGUCACUGUCAAAUUUGUAUUGUGCGAGCGGGCAAUGGAAGGAAGCAGAAAUGGUUAGGAUGAUGAUGGUUGAUCAAGGGGUGAAGAAAAUGCCCGGUUGUAGUUGGAUACAAGUGAGAAACAAGGUAAAGGCUUUUGUAGCCGGGGAGCAUUCGUAUUCGUGUAUGAACGACGAGUUAUGUAAUGUAUUAACUUUCAUUGAUUUUGAAAUGAGGAAUCCAUGCUGCUGUGUUGGUGUUCAAAUUUGAAACAAAUAUGAGUUUUACUCCAAAUUCAGAAUUUGUAAAUGUAACAUUCCCUA